AAGCUUAAAAAAAGAGAAAUGGAGGUGUGAGCUUUCCUCUAUUUCUCGUUCCUCGUCUCUCCAUUUCCACACACCACCUGUCACACUUUCUCUCUCUCUUCCAUACACUUGUCUCUCUCUCCCUCCCUCUCCCCUCUCUUCCUCAAACCCUAAUCGCUCAAUUAAAUCUGAGCUAACAAUAUGGAUGAUAAUAACCACAAUGACAAAAGUACCAUCUCUGAAAUCAGCAGCCCGUACGACAAACGGAGAAGCCCUGGAAUUAAAACCCAGAAGCCUCUAAAAUCUCCUUCCCAAGCCAAAAACAAAAACACCACCACCAUCACCACCACUACCACUAUGAAUGUGGUGGAGGAAUCGGAAUCGGUGCCGCAAUCGGAAUCGGAAUCUCUGUCAAAGAGGCAGAGAGUGGAGCAAGGCAAGGAGAAGCUUCAAAUAUUUAAACAGGGGGAGGAUGAUGACAAGGCUGCUUUUGCCGUGGUUACUGAAGCUCUCAGGACUUUUUACAAAUAUUACCUUCAUUUUGUUCAGGAAGAGGAGAAGAGGUGUGCAAAACCAGAAGCUGUUAAAAACAACAAGAAAACUUCAAAGCCCAAGAAAGGAGAGACACUAGAUGUGGACAGCAAAAAGGGUGCCAGGCGCCCUGAUUUAAAAGCACUAGUCAAGAUGAGGGAGACAAAUGCAAUACUUUGCCCUAACAAAAUAGGGUCUAUUCCAGGGAUUGAGGUCGGGAAACAAUUUUUUUCAAGGGCUGAGAUGGUUGCUGUAGGUUUCAAUAGCCACUGGUUAAAUGGAAUUGAUUGUAUUUCCCAUGCUGGUAGUGAGUUGUCCCGUGCCUAUAACUUACCAAUUGCUGUAGUGAUAGUUAUGUCAGGGCAGUAUGAAGAUGAUCUGGAUAACUGCGAUGACAUUGUGUAUACAGGCCAAGGUGGUAAUAAAUUAUGUGGUAACAGGCGUCAAUUCCGGGAUCAAGUAUUGGAAAAGGGUAAUUUGGGACUAAAGAACAGUAUGGAUCAAUGUGUCCCAGUUAGAGUUGUACGUGGGCAUGAGUGUAAAAGUAGUUACGUAGGCAAGGUUUACACUUACGAUGGCUUAUACAAGGUGGUUAGUUACUGGUCUGAGAAAGGUGUAUCUGGUUUUAAUGUUUUUAAGUUUCGUCUGAAACGGCUUGAAGGACAACCCCUUUUAACAACGGAUCAGGUUCAGUUUGCUGGUGGACAAGUUCCCAAGUCUGUUUCUGAUCUACGCGGGUUGGUCUGUGAGGACAUAUCUUAUGGCCAGGAGAAGGUUCCUAUCCCAGCUACCAACUUGGUUGAUGAUCCACCUGUUGCACCUACAGGUUUUACAUACUGCAACUCUAUUCAAGUAUCAGAACAUGUUGAGCUCCCUCUGAAAGCCCUUGGAUGCAACUGCAGUGGAAAUUGUGCAUAUUCUAAGACAUGUUCUUGUGCUAAGCUUAAUGGUUCUAACUUGCCGUAUGUCCUUCGUGAUGGAGGAAGACUUAUUGAGCCUAAGGCCGUCGUAUAUGAGUGUGGACCAAACUGUGGCUGUGGACCUGGAUGUGUGAACCGAAUAUCUCAGAGAGGAUUGAAGUAUCGACUUGAGGUGUACCGAACUCCAAAAAAAGGGUGGGCUGUUAGAUCGUGGGAUUACAUACCUUCAGGGGCACCAGUCUGCGAAUAUAUUGGCAAACUUAUGAAGACAGAUGAUGUGGAUGCCAUUCCCGAAAACAAUUAUAUCUUUGAUAUAGACUGCUUGCAAACAAUGAAGGGGCUGGAUGGAAGAGAGAGAAGAUUAGGAGGUAUGUCUAUACCUUUCGUAGAGAAUGAUGAUGACAAGGACAGUGCUCCAGAGUUCUGCCUUGAUGCAGGCCCUACAGGGAAUGUUGCGAGGUUUAUUAAUCACAGCUGCCAACCCAAUCUGUUCGUUCAGUGUGUUUUGAGCAACCACCAUGAUCUAAAACAAGCUCGAGUUGUGCUCUUUGCUGCAGAUAAUAUACCACCCAUGAAAGAGCUAUCAUAUGACUAUGCGUAUGCUCUCGACAGUGUUGUGGAUCCUGAUGGAAAAAUAAAACAACUUUUGUGCUAUUGUGGUGCUGCAGUUUGUCGGAAGCGCUUGUUCUAGGCUAGACGAUAAUAGCUAAUUUCUCUGAUAUAGAUAUUUGCAUUGUCGUUGCUUUUUUUUCUCUAGCAGAAAAUUAGAAAGAUGUGAUCUGUACUGAAAUUUUGUUCUUCUGCGUAUUAUCCUGCCAAAUGAUGUAGGCUGCACUAAUAUGGAAAACGCAGCCUCUCUUGGCUUUAGAAUCCAUAACCCCCACAGCUUCGAAGUUGAAGCUGGAAAAUUAA